AAAAAAGCCAACAUGGCGCCCUGCAGUCCCCCACCUCGGCUCCUGUGGACCUUAGCCCCGCUCCUCCUCGGCCUGGCCUCGGUGGUGUGCCAGUACGAGAAGUACAGCUUCCGGAGCUUCCCCCGACACGAGCUGAUGCCGCUGGAGUCGGCCUACAAGUUCGCGCUGGACCAGUACACGGAGGAGAAGUGGGGGGACUCGGUGGAGUACAUGGAGGUGUCGCUGCGUCUCUACCGCCUGCUGCGGGACAGCGAGGCCUUCUGCAACCUCAACUGCAGCUCCGUGCGCAGCCGCGACGAGGACAAGUUGGCGGGCUUCCCGGAGCUCAGGGCCUUCGGCAACGUGCUGCACCGGGCCCACUGCUUGAAGCGCUGCAAGCACGGCCUGCCCGCCUUCAGACAGGCCAUGCCCAGCAGGGACACCCUGGAGGAGUUCGAGAGGAGGGAGCCCUACAGGUACCUGCAAUACGCCUACUUCAAGUCGGACAGGUUAGCCAAGGCGGUGUCGGCCGCUCACACCUUCCUGCUCAAGCACCCCAAUGACGAGAUGAUGCAGAGGAACAUGGCCUACUACAAGAGCCUGCCGGGGGCCGAGGAGCACCUCAAAGACCUGGAGACCAAAUCCUACGAGACCCUCUUCAUACGCGCGGUGCGGGCGUACAACGGCGACAACUUCCGCACGUCGGUGUCCGACAUGGAGCUGGCGCUGCGCGACUUCUUCAAGGUCUACGACGAGUGUCUGGCGGCCUCAGAGGGACCGAGGAACGUGAAGGACUUUAAGGAUUUCUACGGGUCCAUCGCGGACCACUACACGGAGGUCCUGGAGAGGAAGGUGACGUGCGAGAGCGAACUGACGCCCGUGGUCGGAGGCUUCGUGGUGGAGAAGUUUGUGGCCACCAUGUACCACUACCUGCAGUUUGCCUACUACAAGCUCAAGGACCUGAAGAACGCCGUGCCGUGUGCCGCCAGCUACAUGCUCUUUGACCCUUCCGACCAGGUCAUGAACAACAACCUGGAGUAUUACAAGUUCCACAAGGAGCAGCGGGGGCUGACGGAUGACGACUUCCUUCCCAGAUCGGAAGCAGUGCGCUACUACAACCAGACCACCAUGCAGUUGGAGAUGCUGAACUUCUCCAGACAGCACCUGGCCAGCGACGACGAGGGGGAAGUGGUGGAGUUCAUAGACGAGUUUCUGGACUAACAAGACAAACACAAGCCGGCUAUUUAUUGAAUUUUUAAACACAAAAGAUUCUUUUCCGUCCUCCUUUUUAUAUUUGAUGCUUUUUUUUCUCCUUUAUUUUUUUUAAAAAAAAAGGAAGUUGACGGAGAAGUGUAUAUUUGUACUGAUUGUUCAAUGGAACUUUUGUUUUUACAAUAAAAUAAUUUGCUAAAGAUUGA